CCAAGAUUUACAUGCACUCACGAACAUGUUUUCUUUUUCCAUACAGUCAUAGAACUUAAAAGUAAACCUUCAGCAUGGGAAGCAUGGUAACCCGAAUACAGGGAUUCUGUGGGAGGAUGGACCCCAUGAAAGCUAGAAUUGUGAUGGUUGGAUUGGAUGGAGUUGGCAAGACAACAAUUCUCUACCAGAUGAAACUCAACAAGACCAUGUCCACUAUACCAAGUAUUGGGUCUCGCGUAGAGACUUUGGACCCAAUUUCGUCGGUGUCAUUCACUUUGUGGGAUGUUAGCGCGGGGGCUAAGGGAUGGCCAUUGAUACGACAUUAUCUACCAGACAGUCAUGGCUUAGUGUUUGUAGUGGACAGUACAGAUUCUGAAAGAUUUGGUGAAGUCAAAGAAAAUCUGUUUUGGUUGGUUUUUGAAGACACGGACAAUCUACCUCUAAUUGUCCUCGUUAAUAAGCAAGAUUUAGAGGGGGCACAUAGCCCAGCAGACAUUGCUCGUUAUCUGGAGCUUGAGAAAAUAAAGCAUAGAAGGUGGGAGAUAUGUGGGUGCUGUGGUACAGAUGGGAAUGGUCUACUAGAAGCUUUUGAGAAACUUUCAUCCAUGGUCAAAGAUUGGAAACAAGUGUAGUUAUUUCUGUGCCGAUUCUGCAUUGCAGGGAAACCUCUCCUAAUCUAAUGACUUUGUACAUUUUCACGAAACUAAUGGUAAACUAUAGAUAACAUGUCUGCU